GCCGCGCGGGGCCGCGGCGGGCGGGGCGGGGUGAAGCGGCGGCUGCUGCCAUUCCUCUGCUGCGCGGCCGCCUCCUCCCACCCGCCUCUUCCUGGCCGCGGCGAGAGCUGUGCUGGCAGCGGGGAGGCGGCGGCGCCCAGCUCCCGGCCCGCCAUGGCGAUCCGCAAGAAGAGCAACAAGAACCCGCCGGUGCUGAGCCACGAGUUCAUCGUGCAGAACCACGCCGACAUCGUCUCGUGCAUGGCCAUGAUCUUCCUGCUGGGGCUCAUGUUCGAGAUUACAGCAAAAGCAGCUGUCAUUUUCGUCACUCUUCAGUAUAAUGUUACCAUUCCUGCCACAGAAGAACAAUCCGCAGAAACAAUCUCUCUCUAUCACUAUGGCAUCAAAGACUUGGCUACAAUUUUCUUUUAUAUGCUCGUAGCAAUAAUCAUACAUGCUAUUAUUCAGGAGUACGUAUUGGAUAAAAUUAACAGGAAAAUGCACUUUUCCAAAACAAAGCAUAGCAAGUUCAAUGAGUCUGGACAACUUAGUGCGUUCUACCUUUUCUCCUGUGUUUGGGGCACAAGUAUUCUUGUCUCUGAGAACUAUAUAUCAGAUCCAACCUCUCUGUGGAGGGACUACCCACACACUCUGAUUCCGUUUCAAAUGAAGUUUUUCUACAUCUUACAGUUGGCAUACUGGUUUCAUGCUUUCCCAGAAUUGUACUUCCAGAAAACUAAAAAAGAGGAUAUCUUUCGCCAAAUUGUCUACAUUGGACUUUAUCUCUUUCAUAUUGCUGGAGCCUAUCUUUUGAAUCUGACCCACCUCGGACUUGUUCUCCUGGUAUUGCAUUACUUCGUUGAAUUUCUUUUCCACAUAUCUCGUCUUUUCUACUUUAGUGAUGAAAGGUACCAGAAAGGAUUUUCACUGUGGGCAGUCCUUUUUGUUUUGGGAAGGCUUCUCACCUUGAUUCUUUCUGUCCUCACUUUUGGCUUUGGUCUGGCAAGAGCAGAAAAUCAGCAGCUGAAUUUCAGCACUGGAAACUUCAAUAUCCUGGCUGUUAGAAUCAGUGUGCUGGCCUCCAUCUGCUUGGCUCAAGCAUUUAUGAUGUGGAAAUUCAUUAAUUUCCAACUUCGGAGAUGGAGAGAGCAUUCUUCUUCUCAGCCUCAAUCGGUGAAAAAGAAGUUUGUCACAGCUAAAGGAAAGACCUCCAGAAAAGAAAGAGAAAAUGGAAUAAAUGGGACAGUGACCUCAAAUGGAGCAGACUCGCCUCGUAGCAGGAAGGAUAAAUCCUCGUAAAACUGGGUUUUAUUAAGUUAAUUGACAAGUGUCCCCAAAGAAUCUGCUUUUUACAUGGAUGGCCCUUCAGCACUAGAGAUGUAAUGGAUUAAAGAAAAUACAAAUCAUGUUUUUUGAUUAUUGCUAUUGUUUUGUGAAACUUUUUUUAAAAGCCAUUUUGACUAAAAGAAAAGGUUUAUCUGUCUUCAAACAAACGCUUGGGGGGUGGGGGGACAAAACACUUUUUAAAUAACAUUGACACUUUUUUAAACACUUACUGUGAUGAAAUAACUUCACUUAAUGAGGAUCACUGAUGCAAUGUAUUAUUUCUUUCCAGUUUUUGUAAUCUUGGUGAUAUAUACUGUUUUCCAACUUCACUUUUUCCUAGUUCUUCAAAACUUCAAAUAUAUGAUGAAAUUGAAGUAAAAAUAUAGUAUGCAUUUUCAGAUACUCUGACUUUUAAGUUAAUUACCUUGAUUCAAAUUCACAGAUCAAAUUGGGAUUCUAGGACCACAAAAGUAAACUUCUUUUAUUUUGUAGUUGCUAGCUACACGAUGUCUGCUCUAAGAAUUGCCCCAUAUCAUUAAAACAAAACUGAACUGAUUGGAAAUGUUGCAGAGUCUUAUUGCUCGUUGGUUAGAAAUGUCUUACAAGGAACAGAGAGACCUUUCUGAGAUAAAGCUUUAGCACUUGAACAUUAGAAGGGAAAAGUGUAUGUCAUAGAAUUGAUUUGAGUAGCACUGUUAACUCCUGUCUGUGCUUUUAAAGUGUACAUAUCUUGGACAGUUACUGUGCGUUGGACCUUCUUUCAAAACCUGUCUUUCUGAUUUUAGAAGGGGAGAUUCUUACAACGUGUUGUUUGUUUUAGGUGGGGAGGCAUCUAAUGCUCCGUAAAGAGGGAAUUUGUUAGAUAAAUGGAUCAAGUUUUGACAAACAUUCCUUUAUUCUAAACGCUUUGCCUUGUUUCGCCUCUGUUAGGAAAUAGUUUGAUUUCUCCUAUAUAUAUAUUUUUAUGAAAGAAUAUUUAAAAGCUACAACUUCUUAAAACUGGUAUAUUGUGUGUGCCCUUUGCUACAGCUGGAGGAAUCUGGAUUUAAGAUUUUUUCCAUUAUCUGUCUUUCAUAAUUGUAUUAAAUGUGAAGCCUUGUCCAGUUAAUUUUUCAAUUUAAUAUGCAGUUAAUGUUUUUCUUGUGUAUCCUUUUGUAAUGGGAAUCAUUCAACUUGGGAAUGAGUUAAAGAUUUUUAUUCAGUCUUGAGAAGUUACUAAAUCAGGCUUUCGGGUUAACCCCAGUGUUAAAAUGCUUAUGGAUUGAGUAGGAGUAAUUAUAAGCAAUCAAACUGAGAAAUAAACAGGUUAACUAAAAGUUGUUACUAUAAUUGAGUUUAUACCCAACAACAACAACAAAUCUGCAUUCUGUAUCUUACACAGUUCGGUUGCUUACUAUACAGAAUAAAAUUUCUAGUACAAAAUCUUGACUACAUGUAACUAUCCGUUCUUCAGUCUUACAGUGCUAUUUAGAGUUACUACCAUUUAAUUUGUUACGUGUUCCAGGUAGUUCAAGUCACAGUUUUGAGUACUUGCUUCACAGCUCCUGAAGUGUACUUGGCAGACUUGGACUUAGUUAACUUGAGAACUCUGGGACAGCACGCCCUUUAAUGCACCCAGUCUACUUCAGUAGGUGUAGUUAUUUUUAUGUACUGAUCUGAGAAAAAAGAAAACUCAAGUGAUGUAACUGUGAGUCUAUCCAGUCUGACCAUGAAACUGGAAAUUUGGAAUGCAGAAAUGCUGAGGGAAUUGAUAAAUCAAAUACUGCACAAAAUCACAUUUCACAUCUGAUAUUUCUAACAGAGACGUGCAUAGAUUCUGUGUGCCUUGCUCUCAAGUUGUACCUUAAGCCAAAAGGGGCAAAUGUUUAAAGUUUCUUGUCUGGUACUGUGACUAUAAAUGAAGUUUGUGUGUGAUAUCUGGUUGUCUUGGUACUGUCAGAAUCAUAAAUGACGGAGAAAGAAAUUAUAGAGGGAGCUUUUAAGGUACUUCUUCAGCUCUUUGAUACAUUGGAGUCUGAGGAUUGUGAUUUCUGUGUCCCUAAAGCAAACUGUUUUUUGUAAAGCUCAUUGUUUGUCAUGGGAGUCUUGAAAUGUCAACUUCACAUUCACUUCUAAAAACUUCAGAAGAGUGUGUUCUUGCCUGUUAAUAUUGACAUUGCUUUCGUCUCCUGUUGGCCUUAUGGAUGUUCUUGGCCUUUGGACUUAACAAAAAGAAUUUUUACUUCCACGAUGGCUUAAUCUUCAUCUUUGCCUUAUAGGACUUGUUGCUUUCUGACAAGUAAUAUAGAAUGAUUUCUCUUGUUCUUGGGUUUGAACAGAGCAUUGAAGGCCAGUUUCUUUCAUCUUCUUAUGUCGUAGUUACAAAUAUACAUUCAUAGUUUUGGAGGAGGCAUUCCUGACUUCCUGCAGAAGCAAUAAUUUUUUUAAUUUCUACCUUGUGCUGAAAACCGCUGUGAACUUAGAACAUUAUGAGAUUUCUGCUUCCAAUUUGUUACUUGCUUUGGCAUAAGAUUAUUAUUCUUUCCUGUUUGGAUAACUUCUUUUGAGUUGCUUAAAUUCUGAUUUUCAAACCUUAUCACAUUUCAUCUCUCUGUAAUCCGGGAUUCAUUAGGAUAGAAGAUGAGUUGUCUAAUAAUGUUUUCAAAGUUACAGUAUCAGGAAAAUCAGAAAUGGAAAUGAGUGAAGAGUUUGUUAUUAGGCUCCUAUGCCUAAUUGCAAUGCUUUUUGCUUAGGCUGUAGCGAUUUAUCAGUUACUAGAUCCCACAAAGAGAAGGCUUUGUCCAUGUAAAUGGAUGUAAAGUGAAUGAUCCAUACAGACUGUGGUUAAGGGUUUUAAUUUUAUUGUCAUACCUCUCUCCCCCAACCUUGGAAGAACUCUUUCUGGACUUCUAUUUGAUUAUCCUGAACCUUUUUUUUUUUUUUUGGCCCCAAUUGUAUGUUUGCUUUGUGUGCCAGAAUUAGUUACCAAAGCUGGGACUUUACUGUUACUAAAUAUUAUGCAACUUAGAAGUGUAAGCAGGGAGUGCAGAGCUGCUGACAUUCGUUUUCAAUUUUUUGCUCUUGUUAAGACACUUUCUCCUCAUCACUAGUUAAAAAGAAUGAUUUCUCAUGUGUAAAUUAUUUGUGAGGGUGACAUUUCACAAACUGCUUUCUGUGUGAUCCCGUGCCCAAAGUUAGGAGUGAUCAAGGGAAGGGAAGGGAGUCGUGCAGAGAGAAUGCAUAGGUUAUGGUGUUACAGUACACUGAAAGUAAAUGAAGGUUGUUGGAAUAAUGUAUUUAGAGUAUCAGUCAUUAUGAAGCAUCUGAUAUUUUUUCGAAAGUGCUUUUUUCUUUGAAAAUAGUAGUUGUGCUUAUGAAAUUACAUGAUCUUGAAUUCUAGUAAGUAGUUUAGUACUUUGAUAAAAGUAAUCAACCUUCUGUUAUCAGACUGCUGUAAAAAGAGUUAAUGUACAUUUUCAGCCCUUUUAGCAAAAGUAACUGCACCUGAAGCAGUUUUGUUGGAAGUCAAAUUUGGUGUUGCAGGGAAGGAGCAUAUUCAUGGUUGUGCUAAACCUAAAAAACGUAGGUUGCUGCCAAAAAGUGCCCCUUCUCUUUUUCUAGCACAAAGAUUUUUUGUUGCAUGGUCAGCUCGAUCGAGGAGCUGGUGCAUCUGUAAAGUGAUACGUUUGCUUAGUUAUUUCUUUACUGAAUUAGUUGCCUGAGAGUCAUCCUGGAGGUUCACAAGUCUUUACAGACAAGCAAGGAGAUGCUGGAAAAACGUGCAGGAAGGUGGAAGGCAACUAUCCCUUUCAACUGCACUUUUUUUGGUUGAAAAUGACAGAUUACACUAUGUGUAAGUUGGAAGACCUUAUUGAAGGGCUUCCAGUCUUCAAUACAAGAAGGAAACUGGGCUAUCUGGUAGCUCUGACAUGCCAAACUGAAAAGUAUUUAUGGCUUUCUGCCAGGUAUUUUGGUGAAGGGGAAAUAGUCAGUAUUCUGUAGUGAAAUGCAUUUUGUCUAUCUCAGUUUAUGGGUUUCCAAGCAGUGGAACUGGAAGUGUAGAAAUAGGAAUUCUGAAAAUGUAAUUUCUUCUGGAUCAAGGACCAAGAUUACUUUCCUUAGCAGCUGAGAAAUUACAGCUUCUUUUCACCUUGAACCCUUCAUGGGUUGAAGCAGGUCUUCCAAAGAGCUUUGCAAGAACUGCAUUGUCUUUCUGUCAAGGAAUCUGGGAGGGAGGGUUGUUCAGUUUCUCUUAAGUUUGUUAUUCUGUUUUCAGGAUGCUGGCUAGCCCAUUUCUAGGUCAUUCUUCUUGUCCCAUUUGUGACUUGGCCCUUGACCUGUGCUCAGAAGAUAGAAACCAGCAGCUUCCAUGGCUGCUCUCUUUGUGUUGGUCAUUGCUGGCCUAACGGUUCUUUGUGGAAAAAGUCAGUAUUGAAGGAGUUAGAACACCAGGUAGACAGUCAUACUGCUUGUUUGAUGUACAGCCAUGGUGUGAGUCAGCACACACAGCAUACUGCGUUCUAGUGGCUGGUAGUUUGAUGCCUGUAGGUUCUGUAAUAGUUAUCCUAUUAUUCAAUUACUUAAGUUAUUUCUUGCUCUGGGUGUGACAGUGUCCUACAGAGCUAAGUCUGGGGGGGAAAUUUUGGAAAGAUCCUUUGAAAAGGACUCUUUAAAGAACUGAUGUCCAUUAUCAUCUGUCCGUUGUGUUUGAAUUUCACAUAUUGUUUGUUUGUUUGGGCUUUUGUUGUGGUUGUUCUUGGCUUUGUAGCUUUUUUAGUUUUCUUUUUCUGCUAUAGGUGGUGAUGGAUCUCUGUGGUGGGUAUACCUUCUUCUCAUUGCUAUCCCCCUUUUCACUGCUCCCCAAACUACUCAGUUUAGGAUCUAAUAAGCCUGGUUCUGAGCACAUUAAGGAAUUUGGCAUACUUUUUAGAACUAAAAUAGAAGCAGUGCCUGAGUGUUUCUGGAGCAGACACGUAAGAAGAAAGAAGCACAUUAAAGCAAUAUACAGGGUGUCAUCAGAACCCGUUUAAUGGGAACUGAAACUCUUUAUAGCAUGAAUACAUUUUGAUACAACUUGUAUUUCAAGUGAGGUGUUUGAAUUUAGCUCACAUUCAGAUAGCAAGUGCCUUUCUGUCCAUGAAACAGAACUACUAUUAGCAUCUACAACUGUCGGUUCCCCUUCUGUGAGUGAUGGGUGAGGAGUCCUGGGCUGCAGCUGCAGUGGGUUUUUUUCUGCCUCUUAGGGAAGUUCUUUUGAUGUCAACAAGAAAAAAGUUAACAACUUCUAUUUCAGGUUGAAAGAAAAAGAAGAAAAAGUGCUACCUAGUUUUGGAUCUAAGAUGAUUGCUCUUGAUCUCGCGCAGUGUGUCCUGUCACUUUUAUUUUGGGUACCUGCGAAUACUUUUAUUUGUAUCCAGCUCGAGAAUGGAAAAUCUGUGAUGUGAGUGCCAGAAAUGACAACUCCUUUUUCUUCUUUUUAUGUUAGAAUCUUUUUGCAGAAUCAGAGCAUCUGAGGUGUAGCUUUAUAAUUUGAUAGCUUUUCAGUGUUCGGUUUUUCUUCUUAUUUAUUGUGGUGAACACUUAAGGUCAGGCGCUGUCAUGCAGCACAAUGCAGUUGUCAUUUCUUUAUUCCAAACAGAAGAACAUUAUGCAAUAUGAUACACUGAAAUGGAAAAAAAAAAAAAGAGAGAGAAAAAGUGUUAAGUCCUGACUGCUUUAGGAAAAAAUGGUAUUCCUGGAUGUUUCUGUUAGUCCAAAUUUUUCUGUAUUACCGUUCACUAGUACUGCUUUUCUCAUUUAGGAAACUGGGCACAAAGGAUUUCUGUAUCUGUAGAAAGUAGUUUUGCUGUUACACAACAAAGAUAUUGGCAAAUCAUGGUCAAGGACUUUGAUCUUUGUCUGUGUCUUCUUAUAUUGAUUAUGAAUGUUGAAGAAUGUAUCUUGCAUUGUAAUUAACUGAUUAAAAAUUCAGCCCGUGGUGAUGGGAAUAUUGUAAUAGGAUAGGAAUUUCAACUCUUGAACUUCAGGCUGGAAGCCAAACCAAAACUGCCUUGUGUUCUCAUGCAGGUGAUUCCUCCUCUUUGUUUCUUAGAUUCAUCAUUACCUUUGUUUUGUUUAUUUAGAUUGUAAGUUCUUUGUGGCAAGAGUUGUCUUGUGUGUGUGUGCGUGUGUACCCAGGACAAUACGGCCUCGAGCCCCAAUCUGUGGAAGCUGUAAUAAGCAAUCACCUUGUUAUCGUUUUCCUGGAUAUCAUAAUAAAGAGUAUCUAAUUAAAA